GACAAGAGUCCGUGUUUGGGGAUUGGACGUGCAACACAAAGAGUUAAACUGAAGUCUCCUAAUCUAUUAUCCUAUUAGAAAGAACCAAAGCCGGACUAAAAAUGAGAGAUUGAGUUCUAUUUUUCUAUCUUUGUCUCCUCCCACGCAAAGAAUAAAGCAAUUACUCAAUCUCUUGAUUCUUAAUUCCUUCAAAAAGAACAUUCGAUACUUGAUUUUGGGUCCUUUUAUUUAUUGGUUAGGUUUUUAUUUCACAGUACAAGUGAUGUUGUUGUGACCGACUGAUGGGAUGGGAGCUCAAAAAAGUAUACAUGCAGGAAAAGCAAAGAUAGAUGUAAAUGUUGAUUUCACUCACAAACUAUGUGCUGCUUUGAUGCUUCAUCACUUCAGGAAUUCUGGCAAUCCCCUUUCACAGAUUAUUGGGAGUCUUUGCAUUAAGCAUCCAAGUGUAUUUGGUGGGAGCGAAAAGCUCGAUGUAUCCUGGGAUAAAGGUUUAUAUGAUUCGAAUGUAUUGGUAGCUUACCGGAGGCCACGGCCAGAAUGGCUUUCACAACAGUCUUUUGUUGUCCAGCACUCGAUAUCGCCAGAAAUUGGGGUCCAUGGUUUUCCAGUUGAUAACUUUUCACGGUCAGGAAGUGGUGGUGUCAACCUGCGUCGAUUUUCUGCUGGCGUGGAUCUCAAUGAGCCUGCAAGUUCGCACUGGAGCAGCACAACCAGCAUAAAAUUCGAGCAUGUUCGUCCAGUCAACGAUGAUGGUCGAUCCAUUACCAGAGACUUAGAUGGAUUUCCCGUAACUUGCAGUGGCAGUCCUCAUGACAGUAUGGUGGUCUUGAAGCAGGAAUCUCGCUAUGCAAAAGCCAAUGACCGCAGUUUCUCCCAGUUGAGUCUUCAAAUAGAGCAAGGGGUUCCGGUUUUGUCCAAGUGGUUAAUUUUUAACAGAUUCAAAUUCGUGGCAUCAAAGGGAGUUAAAGUUGGACCAGCAUUAUUACUGGCUAGCCUUACAGGUGGUUCCAUUGUAGGGGACAUGGCUCCAUAUCAAGCAUUUGCUAUUGGGGGUCUAGGCAGUGUCAGAGGAUAUGGUGAAGGUGCAGUCGGAACUGGAAGAUCAUGUCUUAUUAUGAACAGUGAAUUAACGUUACCAGUGAACAAGGUGUUGGAAUGUGCAGUAUUCCUGGAUUCAGGAACGGACUUGGGUUCUGGUCGCCAUGUCCCUGGCAAUCCUGCGCUCAGGCAUGGCAAACCUGGUACAGGGAUUGGGUGUGGAUAUGGUCUCCGGUUAAAAUCACGGAUGGGUCAGUUCCAGGUUGAUUAUGCCAUCAAUGCCUUUCAGCAAAAGACUGUUUAUUUCGGUGUCAGUAAUAUUGUUUCGUAAAGCACUGUGGAGACAGAAAUUCAUUUACUCAAAAGUUCAAAUUCUUUGAAGGAAGUCCAAGAUUUUGGGUCCGGGUAGGUGGUGCUUAAAGAACAUUGUGCUGCUUGUGCACCAAAUGAAGAUAGAACAUAUGAGUCGUAUACUCUGUAUUGGCAGAAAAUGUUUCGCAGGAGAUCAAGACCACCGCAGGGAUUGCACGGAAUUGGUCUGUGCACAAAAAGUGACUCAACUACAUGAGUUUAAUAGUUUUAGUUAGCGACACAAUAUAGAAGAAACAAUAAUGCAUCUUUCUGAAUCUCGAUCAGUGUUCCUUGGAUAUUGUGUGUUUUAUAUUGAAAGUAUGAUGGAUGCUCAUGAUUUAGAAGAAGAAAAAAACAGUAAAAAAGAAA